UCAUGGCGAAGAUGGCGGAUUCGCUGUGUGGUAGGCUGUCAGACGAAAAAGACCCCGAGAAUGACGAUCACAAAGGGGUAAAAUGUUCCUGGGCUGCAGCGGCCAUAUCAAGGAAGCCAGGCGUCUCUGGGUUGACGGCGAAAAUGACGGAAACUCUCGGAUUUUAUGAGAAACCCGCCGUUAAAGACGAGCAGCACGAGCAUUCAGACUCGAAUGACUCUGACGAGCCGUCUCUGCUAAGGUUCAUGUGUGCAGAGCUCACCAGGGGCUACUUCCUGGAGCACAACGAGGCCAAGUACACUGAGCGGAGGGAGAGAGUGUACACCUGCAUGAGGAUCCCCAGAGAGCUGGAGAGGUUGAUGAUCUUCGGGUUUUUCCUGUGUCUGGAUGCCUUUCUGUACGUGUUCACCCUGCUGCCCCUGAGAACUUUACUGGCCUUUCUGAGGUUGUUGACGAUACCCUGCUGCGGCCUUGGUGCUAAUGUUUGCCCUUACUGCAGAUGGAGCAGUGGCUCUCGGUUCCUUCAGCCGGCUCAGGUGUGUGACCUGCUGAAAGGUUUAAUAAUGCUGCUCUGUUACUCCAUGAUGCACUACGUGGACUACGCUAUGAUGUACCACCUGAUCCGUGGUCAGUCUGUCAUCAAACUCUACAUCAUCUACAACAUGCUGGAGGUGGCGGACCGCCUCUUUUCAUCAUUUGGACAAGACAUUCUAGACGCGCUCUACUGGACGGCCACUGAGCCAAAGUCACGAAAGAGAGCCCAUAUUGGAGUCAUUCCCCAUUUCUUCAUGGCUGUCUUCUAUGUCUUUCUGCAUGCCAUCCUCAUCAUGGUCCAGGCCUCUACACUAAAUGUGGCCUUCAACUCACAUAACAAAUCUCUGCUCACCAUUAUGAUGUCCAACAACUUUGUGGAAAUCAAGGGAAGUGUGUUCAAGAAGUUUGAGAAGAACAACCUCUUUCAGAUGUCCAACAGUGAUAUCAAGGAGCGAUUCACCAAUUUUAUAUUGCUCCUCAUCGUGUGCCUGAGGAACAUGGAGCAGUUUUCUUGGAACUCAGAUCACCUCUGGGUGCUGCUCCCUGACGUCUUCAUAGUAAUCAUGUCGGAGGUCGCAGUCGACAUCGUCAAGCACGCCUUCAUUACUAAAUUCAAUGACAUCACAGCCGAUGUCUACAGUGAAUAUAAAGCCAGCUUGGCCUUUGAACUAGUCAGUAGUCGACAACAGAAUGCCUACACAGACUACAGCGAUUCAGUGGCAAGAAGGAUGGGCUUCAUUCCUUUACCUCUAGCUGUACUGUUGAUUCGAGUGGUGAUGAGCUCAGUGAAGAUCCAGGGCGCUCUCUCGUCUGUCUGUCUGCUCCUCUUUUAUCUUGGAUUGAUAACGAUGAAAGUGUUGAAUAAUAUAGUUAUUCUGGGCAAGUCCUGUCGCUAUGUGAAAGAAGCUAACAUGGAGGGUAAACUGUUUGAAAGACCGACUGCUCGAACCUCAGAACAAACUCCCAAGAAAGCCAACCCCACCAAAUCUCCCCCACCCUCUGCUGAGCCCAAAGUGCAGCGACCCUCCACCUCUAUCACCAAGCAGCCGAGCCCAAGAAUGAAGCCUUUUCCCCCGGCUCCACUUCCUGUAACUGAGGUGACCCGUGAUCCGCCCCCAGAUUCUCCUCCUAAACCAGAGGAGAGCAUUAGCGAGACACCACAGUCUUCUGAACUUAAACACAGAACCAUCAAAAAAGAUCUGUUGGAGAUUGACCGCUUCACAAUAUGCGGCAACCGAAUCGGGUGAACUUUAACCCCAUCACCAUAGUAACUGCUCAGGAACUAAAGUGGAGAAGACUCUGAGUAUGAGUCUGACAUACAGUAAUUGACUUUCGAGUGAGUACUUCAGAGGUUGCUACGAUUUAUCUCUAAUUCUCACUGCUUAUAUUCCUGUGGAAUAUCUUUCAAAGGAGGCAGAGCUUGUACGUAAAGCGUUUUAAAUCGAAACAGAGUCUCUUCGCCCUUGGCAGUCAGGCAUAUCAACAUGGCACAGAAUCCAGUGAUGCUUAAGAUAUGUCUGUCUCCAUUUUAACAGAGACAGAAAAUCUUGAACAAUAAAAGAGGUAUGAACUUCUUACAAACUAGAUCUUUCCCAAUAGAAAUUUGUCUUUGAGUGGAAGCUAAAAACCAUAUAUUGUAUUAUUAGUUUCUUAAACUCUUGCAAAAAAAAAGAGCAAUUUCAUAUUGAUUCAUAUAAUAAACAGAUAAAGUUG